GGGGCGUGUGCAUCGAAGGGCAGGGAUUUCACUGAAAUGAAAGCGGAAGCAAAGAGCCAGCACGCAGAACCGCCAGGAUUACCUUUCAGGUCCUCCUGGGAGAGAUCAAAGCCGCUCAGGAGAAACAAGUUUAGGGUGGGCUCUGCCACUUUGUGUCCAGCUCUGAAUCCUCGGCGCUUGCCAACCAGUUCCCAGGCCCAUGUCAGUGACUCAGGAUGCCGCACCCUUCAUGGAGAGACAAUUCCACAUCAUUCAGGAGGAGCAGGCCAGACUAAAGAUGAGGUUGCAGGAGCUGCAGCAGCUGAAAAGGGAGUUCGAGAACUACCCCCAGGUCCCAUUCCUAGUGCCUGAAGUCCCCCUCGUGUUCCAAGGACACAUUCAGCAGGGCAGGGAAGUGCCCAGGUCUUUGGUUUCCAACUUACAGAUCUGCUACCCUCUGCAUGGGGGCUCUGCUCUGGUCACCUUCGAUGACCCCAAGGUGGCCAAGCAGGUGCUACAACAAAAGGAACAUAAGAUCGACCUGGAGGAAUGCCAUCUGCGGGUGCAGGUCCAGCCCUUGGAGCUGCCUGUGGUGACCACCAUCCAGGUGUCCAGCCAGAUAAGUAGGCAGAGAGUGCUGGUCAGUGGGUUUCCUGCCAAGCUCAGGCUGAGUGAGGAGGAGCUGCUGGAUAAGCUGGAGAUCUUCUUUGGGAAGACGAAGAAUGGGGGUGGUGAUGUGGAAAUCCGGGAAAUGCUGCACGGGGCUGUCAUGCUGGGCUUUGCUAAGGAUGAAGUGGCCCAGCACCUGUGCCAGAUUGGUGAGUUCACAGUGCCACUGGGUGGACAGCAGGUCCCUCUGAAAGUCUCUCCGUACAUGAGUGCAGAGAUUCAGAAGGCUGAGAUCGGAUCCCAGCCAAUGCCCCAGUCGGUGCUGGUGCUCAACAUUCCCGAUGUCCUGGAUGGCCCGGAGAUGCAUGACAUCUUGGAGAUCCACUUCCAGAAGCCCACCCGUGGGGGAGGGGAGGUAGAGAGCCUGACAUUCGUGCCCAAGGGACAGCGAGGCCUAGCGGUCUUCACCUCCGAGUCUGGCUAGAUAGAAGCUUGCCCUUCUCAUCACUCACUACUCCUCUGCCUAGGUUCUAAAACCAGGCUGGGGUCAGGUGCAUGCAGAUGAAAGAAGUCAUGCUGGUCAAUAGCAAGCAGGGACUCCUUGUUGUAAAACGCUGCCCUGGAACAGUAAAGGUGCCUGCACGGCGUGCUCUUUCUCA